GAAAGAGAUUGGACAAAUCUACGACCAGGCUGGAAUAUAUAAAGAAUGACCUGAAAAACCAACGAAGACACGAAUACCUCCGUAGAAUAUUCUCCUCUUGUCACGCAAACCCUAAGAAUAUAUACUAUUUAUUAUUAUUUCCCCCAAAUUUCAGCUUUUCUAGAUCAUCGUGCUUCCUUUUAUCAAAACCCACAGAUUCAUCCUCUUCUUUGAUUUCAAAUUCUCUCCAGCUGAGGAGGAUAUAUAUGACGAAACAGCAGCAGCAGAAACAGCACAUUGCGAUAUUUACAACAGCAAGUCUUCCGUGGCUUACGGGAACUGCUGUUAAUCCUCUCUUCCGUGUUGCUUACCUUGCUAAAGACGGUCAAAGAAGGGUCACUUUGGUCAUUCCUUGGCUCACUCUCAACCACCAAAAGCUUGUCUACCCUAAUAACCUCACCUUCGCUUCCCCUUCCCACCAAGAAGCUUAUGUUCGUCGUUGGCUUGAGGACAGAGUCUCUUUCCCUUUAGCCUUUGAGAUUCGUUUCUAUCCAGCAAAGUUUGCUACAGACAAAAGAAGUAUUCUUCCUGUUGGGGACAUAUCAGAUGCCAUUCCUGAUGAAGAGGCAGACAUUGCCGUCCUUGAGGAGCCUGAGCAUCUCACAUGGUUUCAUCAUGGCAAAAAAUGGAAAACGAAGUUUAACUACGUCAUAGGGAUAGUGCACACAAACUACUUGGAAUACGUAAAGAGAGAGAAACAAGGCCGUCUCAAAGCAUUUCUCCUCAAGUAUUUAAACAGUUGGGUUGUUGGCAUUUACUGCCACAAGGUGAUUAGAUUAUCGGAUGCCACUCAAGAAUACCCUAAAUCUAUUGUCUGCAACGUUCACGGUGUCAACCCUAAAUUUCUAGAGAUUGGUUUGAAAAAACUAGAACAGCAGAAGCUCCAUGAGCAGGCCUUCACCAAAGGGGUAUACUACAUUGGUAAGAUGGUCUGGAGCAAAGGGUACAAGGAGCUUCUUAAACUACUUAAGAAACACCAAAAGGAACUUGCUGGGUUAGAGGUUGAUUUAUACGGUAGUGGAGAGGACUCUGAAGAGAUCAAAGAAGCAGCCCGAAAACUCGAUCUGACGGUCAAUGUUUACCCAGGACGUGAUCACGCCGACCCACUAUUUCACGACUAUAAAGUGUUUCUCAACCCCAGCACAACAGACGUGGUCUGCACAACAACUGCAGAAGCCUUGGCGAUGGGGAAAAUAGUAGUAUGCGCAGACCACACAUCAAACGAGUUCUUCAAACAGUUUCCCAACUGCAGAGUCUACGACGAUGGUAAAGGUUUUGUUAGAGCCACACUCAAGGCACUUGGGGAACAACCAUCGCAGCUAACAGAGCAACAGAGGCAUGAAUUAUCAUGGGAAGCUGCUACGCAAAGGUUUAUAAGUGCCUCAGAUCUUAACAGGUUAUCAAGAGCUGACUCGAACUUGUCAAAGAGAAGUCUGUUUGCGUCAUCUUCUAUAAGUGUGGGGAAAAACUUGGAGGACAUGUCUGCGUAUAUACAUUUCUUGGCGUCUGGGUAUGAAACUUCAAGAACAGCGUUUGGUGCAAUCCCUGGAAGCUUGCAGCCGGAUGAAGAGUUGUGCAAAGAUCUUGGCUUGACUCUCAAGACGACUCCUUCCCGGAAGAGUCUCAAGGAAGAUUGACUGUUGUAUAAAAAAAUGUGUUGUAUUUUGCCUGAAAAUUCCUAUGUGUUUUUUUUCUUCUUAUCUCUCUCUGUGUACUUAACGAAUCAUUAUAUAGCUUGGUGUAAUGUUUUGAUAGUAACAUGACAGUUAGGUUAAACGUAUCCUAUUGGUUUGCUCUGACUUUGGUUUUUGUUUUUUAAUCAAAGUUUAUGCUUACUGGUGUGUAA